AUGACGUGACAAACUUGUGCUGUUGAGUGGCUGUCAUCGCUGCUUCUCUGUGACAGAUGUUUGAUGUGAUUAAUUUCCUUUGUUAAUUGGCGCGGAAAUAACUUCUGUGCUUGGCGGAUAGAUAGGUAAUUAUCUGUUGCUGUGACUGAUAGUUGGGUACGGGAAUCCGAGUGAUUAUACCAUCGAUAAAUGCGUGGCAUCUACGGCGGGUAGAUUUCCGGGAAGGACCCAAGUAGACUGUAUAACCAGCUGUCUUCACCACCACCACCGUCACCGUCACCACCACACCACCACCACACCACCACCACCACCACCACCACCACACGACGACGACCAACGACGACGGCGACAACGACGACGAAACAUCCGGGCACGGCGAAGCAAAUUUAGUGUAGAUAGUUGGUGAUUCGAUAAUAUUGUAUUUCUUAAAAUGGCAAAGACCUAUGACUAUUUAUUUAAGUUGCUACUAAUCGGGGACUCGGGCGUAGGCAAAACUUGUGUAUUGUUCAGAUUUUCCGAAGAUGCAUUCAACACGACCUUCAUCUCCACUAUUGGAAUCGACUUUAAGAUUCGAACCAUCGACUUGGACAACAAGAAGGUCAAAUUACAAAUAUGGGACACAGCAGGACAGGAGAGGUUCAGGACAAUAACGACAGCGUAUUAUCGUGGUGCGAUGGGUAUAAUGCUCGUGUAUGAUGUGAACAACGAAAGGAGUUUUGAGAAUAUAAAAAACUGGAUUCGCAACAUCGAAGAAAAUGCAUCAGCAGAUGUUGAAAAAAUGCUAUUGGGUAACAAAUGUGAUCUCGCAGAUAGGAGGCAGGUUUCAAAGCAGAGAGGAGAGCAAUUGGCAGUUGAGUAUGGUAUAAAAUUCAUGGAAACUUCCGCCAAGGCCAGUAUUAACGUUGAAGAAGCUUUUUACACCCUCGCCCGUGAUAUUAAAGCCAAAACGGAAAAGAAAUUGAAGGAAGCAUCAAAUCCAACGAAGUCUGGUGGUCAUGCGUUGAGAGCUCCGGAGAUAUCGAGAAAGCCACCAGUAUGGCUAGCCCGUUGUUCCAUACUCUGACCCGCCAAGCCAGAUACAUACUUUAUCGAGGCUCAUUCAUGUACUUCUAUUUUAAAUUUGCGUUCUUUUUGUCGAACAAAAUUAACGUUUAACGAGGCUACACGCUUGCUCGAUAUCGUACUCCAACAUUUUAUUCUUUGACAGCAAAUUUGUUUCAUCAUCUGGUGGUGUUUUUUUUUUUUUUUUAUAAAUUAUUCAUUAUAAAUCCUUUCCACUGAUCGAAGGAUUAGGGGAAAAAAUGACCAAGCUAGGUUUCUGUUGCCUUUCCCGACACAUUCGAAUUAAUACGUUCAAAAGCAUGAGAUGUGUCAUUAGUCUUAUGUUUGUGCCCGGGCUGUGAUUGCUGCUUAAAUGUGUCGUUAGUUUUUUUUUUUCCCACAUUUUUAAACUUGUUUAGCAUUUGUUGAGAGUUCAUUAUGCCAUGAUUAAAUUUUUAUUCGACACUGAAGCUACUCUCAUUGAUCGUCCUCGAUUUCCUUCGAUUGGUGUACAGUGGCGAUGCGUCAACAUUAAACCACGUAAUACUAUGGAACUUCGAAAAACCAUGUACGAAACACAAAUACAGGCUGUUUCAUUUGUAACUAAAUAGGAACUUGCAUAUCAUGGCGAUGUAACGCGCUAUUUCACGUUCAAACUGAAACAGUGUGUGUCUCCGCAAUAUAUUAAUGUAAAACAAAAACGACUUAAUUAUUGAUAGAAGAAAGCACUUCAAUAAUUACCUGUGUCCGUGCGAUACAAACAGAGAUCGUGAUCGUUAUAAACGAAAUAGCUUUUACACCGAAUUAAUAAUAACAAAUUCACAUAACAUGAUACUACUACGUAGCCGCAUUAAUUCUUAGUUCAAUAACUAUACUCGUAAGAAAUAUAUAAAUAAAUUU